CCUUUUUAUAUACCGGCUCUUACCUGCACUUCUCUUCGUUUACUCUCUCUCUCUCUCUCUCUCUCUCUCUGAUCAUGCCCAGAUCACAAAGAGAGGGAAAUUUUCCCGCCAAAAUAAUACCUUAUCCUUCAUCUUCUUCUCGUGUAUAGUGGUUGCCCUAAUUUUUCCCAUCAAUUUCCGGCUCUUUUACAGCAAAUUCCUUUGCUAAGUCCCUUUAAUUGUCUUAGGAACAAUAUCAGAGCUCUGUAAACUCUUCUGAUUUUUUUCUUUUUACAAAGCUUUUGUCUUCCCUUAUGUGAUAUGGAGCGCGAAAGUACUAUGUGCCUGCGAUCAAUAGUGAAGUUUUCAGAACAUGUGCUCAGAACGAACAAGUUUGUUGACGCAGAGUCGCCUGGUGAGCCACCGACGACGACGAACUCGUUUAAGCAUAGGAUCGUUAGGAUCACGCUAACGGACCCAUGCGCCACUGAUUCAUCCGGUGAUGAUGAAGACGGGCGAGUCGUCAAGAGAGUGAAGAAGCAUGUUUCAGAAAUCAACUUUAACCCGCCUUCUUCAAGUUUCACUAAGCUCGAUCAACGCAAAAAGAGACGCGUGAGGAGCACGGGAUCAGGGGAGAAGAAGUUCAGAGGUGUCCGGCGGCGGCCGUGGGGACGGUGGGCGGCGGAGAUCCGUGAUCCAUCGCGGCGGAAACGUGUUUGGCUCGGAACGUUCGACACGCCAGAAGAAGCUGCGACGGUGUACGACCAAGCCGCAGUUAAACUGAAAGGCCGUGACGCCGUUACAAACUUCGGUAAGGUGUCCUUUCCGGAAUCCGUGAUCGUUGAUGGACCCAGCCCCACGGUGAUGAUCACCGGCAGUAGUGGUAGCGACGGAUCGGCACCUGACGCGGUUUUCUCUCCGACCUCCGUACUCCCGUCUAACGUCGAGUUAACGGCAAAUGAGGGUUUUGGCUACGGUGACGUGGACGCUUUCGGAUUUGAUAUUGACAUGCCGUUUGAUUUGCCGGAUUUUGUGGUAUCGGGGAGCUACCGUGGCGAGGAGUUUGGCGAGUUUGACAUCGAUGAUUUCCUCGUUGACGUUUAACAAAUUAUUUAAUGAUAUUAUAAAAAUACAUAUAUUUGGUAUAUUCAAUAUAUUCGGCUAUUAUGUACGCAUUAUUAACUGGUAUGUAUAAAUGAAAAUAGAGGGUAAACCCGUAAUUCGUGUA